AUGAGUCAACCAAAUACCCCGCUUCACAGCUUUAACGACCGCUCUACUCCCACCCCAACUCUCUUUCUUGGAAGCCAAUUCGCCCUCACACCAACCAAACAGAGUCCCCCCGACCCUAUGAUAGGCGCCUUGCCAUCUGAGGAAGGCAUCUCGGGAAGCAACCAAGGCUCUUUGGACCGCGAUAUUAUCUCCAACAGUAACAUCGAUGAGGAUUCACUUCUUUUGAGGGGCGGCAACCUCCAUGACGGAGCAGAUGCCCAGUUUCAGCCAGACGGGCCAGAGAGACUCAGGCCGGUUACCGUUCAAAGCAGCGGCGUGCGAGGUGGUAGCAUUGCCGUUCUGGGGCCUCAGACCUCCAAGGAUCUCAACGCCACUCUGGAACACAGGGCCCAGAUGGCUAAGGUGAGGGCAAAGCUGCCCGACCAUGAUUGUUAG